GUCAUAAAUGCUAUGCGAAGGCUUAACAUACACAGGGUGGGGCAGUGGGUUCUGAUGAUUUAUAGAGUACUGCGGUUGGAUACUUAAGGUAUGCAUUGUAUGUAUUGGUCGGAUCGUAUGAAAUGGAUCAAAUUGUGGUAGUGCGUCCACUGUACCGGUAGCAAUCAUAUUGCCCAUGCGACGGUCGGUUUUUUUAGUAACAUUCGCAUUAUCGUAGCGAAAUCCGUAUGACAUCCGCACCAGUCGGAAGAUUUGCCCCUUCGAUCAAUUUCGUCGGCAUUACCGACGGACCGAUACGUGCGAUCCGUCCCCUGCCGGUCAGUGGACGCAUAUGUAUAACUUACUAUACUAAUAAUUCUAAAAUCCGUUUCAUACGAUGCGUACGUAUGGACGCGUACCUUAAAGUGGAUAAGAUAAACUAGUUUGUCGCCAGAUUAAAGUUUAUGAUGUUUAGUUAUAUUUUAUCAGUAAUCAUGGACACAUGGCCUGUGAAUCAGCGCGUUUUUGCUGUUACGACGUUUAUUGAGUGUAAAUCAAUUAUAACUGUACAACGAAAUUUUCGACGACAAUUCAAUAUUCCUGUUGGAGGCAAUGUUCCUUCACGGAAUUCAAUCUUAGACUGGUAUUAUAAAUUUCAAAAUACUGGUUCUGUUUUAACAACUUAUAAAGGCAGCCAAAAAAGUGUAAGAACACCAGAAAACAUUGAACGAGUACGUCAAGCAAUCGAUCAAAGUCCACAACGCUCGACAAGACGCCAUUCUCAGUCGUUGAACUUGUCCACCAGAACUGUUCGAAGAAUUUUACAUAAUGAUUUACAACUUUUUCCAUAUAAAGUACAGAUAGUGCAACAACUCCUUCCGAAUGAUUUUGAUGAAGCACAUUUUCAUUUAUGUGGUGUGGUAAACAAGCAAAACUAUCGUUUUUGGGCUUCAGAAAAACCUAGUUUGUUACAUAAAACUCCUUUGCGUUCUGCAAAAGUAACUGUAUGGUGUGGCGUUACAUCAUUUGGCAUUUUGGGUCCGUACUUUUUCGAGGAAAACAAUGUGUGACCGUAACAUCUGAACGUUAUGUGGAAAUGUUGAACAACUUCUUGCCAACUGUAUUACAACGAUUAGGAGUACAUCAUAAAGAUCUAUGGUACCAACAAGAUGGUGCUACUAGCCAUACAGCGCGUAUUUCAUUGGCUGUUCUUAGACAAAUGUUUCCGAAUCGUGUGAUUUCGCGGAAUGGUAAUAUUGCCUGGCCAUCACGUUCUCCUGAUUCGACUCCACCUGAUUUCUUUUUGUGGGGUUAUUUGAACUCUAAAGUAUUCACUAAUAAGCCACAUACAUUACUAGAGUUAAAAGAAAACAUUAGACGGGAAAUUACAGCCAUCGAUGUGCAUAUCCUACAGAGAGUUAUGGACAGUACGAAAAAACGGAUAACCGACUGUAUAUAAAAUGGAGGCGGCCACUUAAGU